AUGUCCAUCCUCCUCCUCUUGCUACGCAUCGUUUCUUACCCUUUCUUCAUCCUUCUUCAUCUCCUAUUCGUUCUCUUUUCCCUCCUACUUCGGACAUACGAGACCUUCACAUCUCAAUCGACCUCUGCCGACCGACUACAGGAUGAACCGCAAAUACGACCACCGAAACACCUAGCUUUGAUACUGGUCCCUUCCAAGACGCGUCGGAAAGAUGAGAAAUCAGCUUUGGGGAAGAGUAUCCUGAGGGGUAUAGAAUGGUCGGGGGAAUGGGGCGUGGAGGAAUUGUCCAUUUGGGAUGGACAGGGUUUGACGCAAUCCGUCUUACCGAAUCUGAUGAAAACCCUAUCCCAAAAUAUCACUCAACAUAAUCAUAACAAGCUACCACCUUCACCACCUUCUACACCUCCUAAUGGACCCACGCAGGAUAUAUCGCCUGAUGAAUAUGAUGAGGAGGGCCCGGUGUCACCUUCACCUCAGCGGAAACAGGGUAAGAGUCUGGUGAAAGAGACCAGAGUGGGUUCGGGCUCGGGGUCAGGGUUGGGUGAUGAAGUGAGGAGUGUUACGAUCUAUCCAGGUCCCUCAUCGAAUAAAAGUCUGAAAAUACAUUUCUUACCUCCUUCAGCCUCUGACGAGGUGAUAGUUAAUCUUACGAAACGAUACGUGGAGAGGAAAAAGGAUGUUUCGGAAAUAACAGUUAGGAAUGUAGAUAGGGAUAUCAAGGAACAACUUCAUUUCACCUCUGACCCGGAGCUACUCCUGAUCCAUCAUCUCUCACCUCCCCCGAUAUGGAGAUCAUACUUACCUAGAAGUCCACCUGAACUGUGGGGUUACCCGUUCUGGUCAUUAAGAAUAACAGAGAUAUAUCAAUAUCCCUCUCCUCUUCCAUUACUACAUCACCUCAACCCCCUUAUCCUCUCAUUCCGCUCAUCAUCGCUUCCCUUCCUACGUAAAUUAGGUUACUCAAUUGCUUUGCCUGUGAAUACAAAUUCGGAUGGAUAUGGGAUAUUGCAUAGGGAAGAAUGGAAUGGUGCCAUUGGAGCUUGGUCAAAGAUGGAACAGAGAUUAGGUAAAUAA